CAGAACAAACCAGUCUCCAUCCAAACCAAGUUAGCAUGUUCCAGAUUCAUGCCUCCACCCGGUACCUGAUUGGCACCCCCAAAAUAGAUUCUUUUUCUCUGUCGCCCCCAGCUGGAUGAUGGAUUCGAUGGAUGGCCUUGCGUCUCUUUCACCUUUUCGGUCCAGGGCUGACUUGGCCUUGACGGGUCACGUCGGUCAGGGUCAUUUUCCCUGGUCAUGACCAUCAGGGCCAGCUUCAAUGCCAGGUCAUCAGGUACAUUCUUCCAUUGGUGUAUACGCUUGGAUUGUGAUGGAGUUCCCCCCACUCAGGAAAUCAAAUUAACCUGGGAUCCUCGUGCAUGUUCCAGACUGACCGAUCUGGGCUCCACUUGUUUGCUCCUCCACCAACGAGACGGGCAUCGGUUUCUGAACGUUUCUUGCUUUCUUUCUUCUUUCUUUCUUCUGUUUUCUGUUUUGUCUUUCUUCCGGCUCUGUGGACCUGUUCUGUUCUUUUCCUGUUCCUGACUCUGCCAUACUCUCUUCGGAACUCUUGCCUCCCUCCUAGAGUCCUCCAUCCAUGCAGACAUCAUCUCCCCCGUGAUGGACCGGACAAUAUCGCCCCGGAGUGACAGUGGUCCAUCCUCCACAGACCAGUUUCUCAAACUUAUCCAGGAUCCCUUCAAAUCCGCGUUUCAAGUCAACGCCGUCUGGGCCUCCCUGGCCACCUCCGCCGGCUUCGCCGUCAUCCUCGCCCUGCUCUUCUCCCUCUUUCGUCCGCGCCAUUCCGUCGUCUACGCCCCUAAGGUCAAACAUGCCGAUCGCAAGCACGCGCCGCCCCCGGUGGGGAAGGGCAUGUUCGCCUGGCUCAAGCCCGUCCUGCGCACCAAGGAGUCCGAGCUCGUCGAGUGCAUCGGCCUCGACGCCGCCAUCUUCCUGCGCUUCACCAAGAUGUGUCGCAACAUCUUCAUUUGUCUGAGCAUCAUCGGCUGCGGCGUCAUGAUCCCGCUGAACCUCACCCAGAGCAACAUGUCCUCCAGGGAUACCCUGUCCGCCUUUGCGACCAUGACCCCUCUCUACAUUAAGACCGAGGCCGCGUGGAGCCAGGUCGUCUGUGCCUGGUGUUUUGAUAUCAUUGUUGUUUUCUUCCUCUGGCGCAAUUACAAGGCCGUUGCCGCCUUGCGGAGACGGUACUUUCAGAGCUCCGACUACCAGCGCAGUUUGCACGCGCGCACCUUGAUGAUCACCGAUAUCCCCCAGGCCGCUCGUUCCGAUGAAGGCGUCCUGCGCCUGACCGACCAGGUCAACCCCACCGCGGCAUUGCCCCGCGCGUCCAUCGGCCGCAACGUCAAAGGGCUCCCGGUCAUGAUCAAGGAUCACGAGGAGACAGUGCGCAAGCUGGAAUCGGUCCUCGCCAAGUACCUCAAGAAUCCGGACCGGCUACCGCCCCGGCCCACCAUGCGGAUACCGCGCAAAGAACGGCAGCUGAAGCAGGACGGGGGCAAGGUCGACGCCAUCGACUACUUGACGGACCGCAUCCAGCGCCUCGAAGAGAACAUCCGCCACGUGCGGGCCUCGAUCGACAAGCGGAACGCCCUGUCGUUCGGCUUCGUCAGCUGGGACAUGAUCGAGCACGCCCACGCCGUGGCCUACACGGCGCGCAAGAAGCAUCCCCAGGGCACCACCAUCCGGCUGGCCCCGCGGCCCAGCGAUCUGAUCUGGGAGAACCUGCCGCUGUCGAAGCAGGGCCGCCGGUGGAAGCGGUUCGUCAACAUGAUCUGGGUCUCCAUCCUGACGGUGCUGUGGAUCGCCCCCAACGCGAUGAUCGCCAUCUUCCUGUCCAACCUGUCCAACCUGGGACUGGUCUGGCCCGCGUUCCAGACGUCGCUCAACGGGAGCCCCUACGUUUGGGCCGCCGUCCAGGGUAUUCUGUCCCCCGCCGUCACCUCGCUCUUCUACAUGAUCCUCCCCAUCAUCUUCCGCCGCCUGUCAAUCCAGGCGGGCGACGUGACCAAGACCUCGCGCGAGCGCCACGUCCUUAACCAUCUCUACUCCUUCUUCGUCUUCAACAACCUGAUCGUCUUCUCCCUCUUCUCCGCCGCCUGGACGUUCGUCGCCGCCGUCAUCGACGCCAAGAACCACGACGAGAACGCCUGGCAGGCCAUCCAGGACGGCGAGUUCUACGGCAAGGUGAUGAGCGCGCUGUGCCAGGUCUCCCCCUUCUGGGUGACGUACCUGCUGCAGCGCAACCUCGGCGCCACGGUCGACCUCGUGCAGCUGGUCAGCCUGUUCUGGGUCUGGUUCUCCAAGACCUUCCUCGCGCCGACGCCGCGCCAGGCGAUCGAGUGGACAGCGCCGACGCCCUUUGAGUACGCCAGCUACUACAAUUACUUCUUGUUUUACGCGACGGUGGCGCUCUGCUUCGCGACGCUGCAGCCCAUCGUCUUGCCCGUCACGGCGCUGUACUUCGGCCUCGACGUGAUGAUGAAGAAGUACAUGCUGCUGUACGUGUUCGUGACGAAGAACGAGUCGGGCGGGCUCUUCUGGCGCGCCGUCUUCAACCGCAUGGUCUUCGCCACGGCCUUUGCCAACGUCAUUAUCGCCCUGGUCGUCAAGGUUAAAGGGACCUGGACCAUGGUCUACUGCGUGAUCCCGCUUCCUUUCCUCCUGGUCGGCUUCAAGAUCUACUGCAUGCGGAUUUUCGACGCCGACAUCCGCUACUACAACCGCGACAACCUCUCCGAUGCCGAGGCCCUGGCGCCGUCCAGCUCCAGCAAGAAGGCCGCAGAUCGCCUCAGCUCGCGGUUCGGCCACCCAGCGCUCUACCGACCACUGCCCACCCCGAUGGUGCACGCACGCGCCGCCGACGCCCUCAAACGCCUCUACCGGGGGCGUCUCCACGCUUCUUUCGACGGGUCCGGCGGCGACUACUCCGACAUCGCGUUGGACCCCAUGACGGCCGACCAGCCAGGCAAGACGAAAUUCGCCGCGGACACCGCACCACCGCCGACGGGCCCCUCGGCGCCCUUCGAAGUCGUCCCAGAGAACCACCUCGACUUUGCCUACUUCAAGGACCGGCCCGACUUCCGCGACGAGUUCGGCGGCGGCAUCUACGGCCGGCCGGAAGACCUAAUGACCGAGCGGUCACAGACCCCGCGUUCCGCCUGGUCGCCAACCUCCUCGCGGGCAUCCUCCCCAGCCCCAUCCCUCCCAUCCGUCACCAGCCUCAAACCUUACGAGCCGAGCGACGCACCGGGGUUCGAACACAUCCACCCAGCACUCCGACCAUCCCUCUCCCGCGGCGACAGCGGCCCAAUCAUCGGACGGGGACUGUACGCCUCAGGAGACGAGAGCGAGACGCACCUGCUCAGCCAGACGCAGGGACCUCCGAUCGCCGAACCGGUGCCGUUGGCGCGGUGGCGGACGGGUGGAUAUGGACCUGUUGGACAGGAAGAUCCAGGGACGUCAUACGAGCAGUAUCGGAGGGGAUUAUAAUCCAUUCCCCUUUGUCCCUUUUUUUUUCAUUCAUCUUUGUUGAGUCCGUGUCAUCAAUGUUGGUACGAUGUAUAUGUUUGGAGCGUUGUGCGACAAUUCAUUAGCUAGGCGUUAUAUAGGUAUAGAUAGAUCUAGAUCUAGAUCCUGGAUGGGCUGGAUGUGAUUAGUAAGGUGUUAGUAAUACAUAACUAUCAGAUCAUCUCA